AUCAUCCACAUCCGAGAUCCGUCCGUGCAGUUAGAGAGUGUGCUGAUGUUUUUUAAACGUGUAUUCAUCGACAUCCGGCAAACGAAAGUAAUCGUUGAAUGUUUACAGCGCUUCUUACGAACAGUGCGCCAUAUUGUUAUCGUGCCCUAAUCUCCCGCAAUCGAGUGCCGUCCUGUCCAGAUGGUGCGUAAUAUUGUGCUUGGCACGUGAUUCGUUGGGCGCGCGACCUAGCAGGGAUGAAACCCGGCGGGGUUAUAAGGCAGAACAUUGUGGAAUUCCAUAUUGUGGACAGUUUGAUAACGACCGCGAAAGGUGAUAACGAUCGCGCGAAUUGUCCGGUCCGGUUUGGGGAAGAUACGUGCUAAACAUAUGUGCCUAAUUAGAGUGUGUGAACGAAUUAGAUUAAUUCGUUUCUAACCGAUGUUGGUGAGUGUUUCGCAUGGAGCGGUUGGAACAGUCGUGUUAAUGUCGCGCGCUAACAUGGAGAAACACAUUUUGCGGACAUUGGUGUUUCAACGGCGCACGGAGAUCAAUAACGAAAUGUUUUGCUUUAAAUAAAUAGGAAACGUGUCCUAACAGAAUGAACUACAACAAGUGGACUACAUCGGAAGAGACGUGAAAUCAAACUGGAACAUCAUUUUUCUUCAUUAGAGCAACAGCGAAAGUGACCACGUUUAAGCUUGCCUCUUUCGAUUUGGCUCGUCAUAGGCAAAAAGAGCACAAGUACACCCGAGAUAUAUCCAGCUGAUAACGUCGCCGAACUCCACAAAACGGUCACUGACUCUUUGACGUUCCGAACGCCCAGUUUGUUAGUCACUUUGUCCAAGUGACGGGAGGUGGACAAAAGGACACUGGGCAAGAGAGUGACGUGGGGAUUUCACAAAAGUUCCACCGUGUUGGAAACCCAUCGAGUGUCCAAGUGUUGUGACCUCAUCGUUACUGCCACAGCAAAGCCCCCAACAACGAGUGAGUGAGUGACACGUAUUACAGUUCGUCCUCGUACAAUCCUCGCACGAUACGAAGGUCCCAGAUUGUCGACGUCGUUGCCGGUCGAAGUCGGUUAAGGUUCAUUUGUGAAGCUCCCGCGUUAGUGGGUGAUCGUCACUGCGGACCAAACAGAACCUCGCACAACCAUGAUCAUAUUCCUCUAUCUUAUACUGGUGUUGGCCUGGGCGCUACUUAUCAUCAUACUGAAAUGCAAGAAAGCACGCGCCAAAAGGCUAGCCGAGCAGGAGGAGAUGGCCCAGCCGGUCCACGUGGUGCAGAUCGGGUCCAACCUUUACGACAUUAUGUCACUGCAUCGGGACAACUACAGUGGUGUGUACAGCUGUCUCGAGCAUGGUACCAUCGCUCAACACCGACAGCGUGCCUCAGCCAGUGUCACACACUCGAAUGCGGCCUUCAUCGGUGACGAUGGUUCCAUCUAUCCCGGGAACGGAAUGGUUGCCCUGGAACCACCUCCGUCCUACGAAGAAGUGAUACGGCUCCCAGCGUACUAUCCCAAGGUGGAAACGUUCGUGCCGGAAAUGGUUGUUCCACCGUCCUUGCCACGACCACAUACGGUAGGCACCGGGCAACAACCCGCCCAGCUACAUCAAACCCGCGGUGUUACGAUGGAUCUCACCACGGUAGCAACGAUUGCACCGGCAACCGGGUCGGCAACGCCGGAACCGACAGUCGAUGCAAACGGAAAUCGCGUCAAAGGGAUGGGAACGAACAGCAGUACUACCUUCCCUGGGGCAACCGUAACCGUGCAGACUGCUAGUUCGUAACCGGCGCAAUCACCAUACAGCCACAGGAUGGUGGUUUUUUGGAACGAAAUCAUUAAGUGCCUAGCGGGGGUGGACCCACUGGACCCAGACCAGUGCACCGAGCG